AUGCAUCCUUUAAGUGAUUCAAUUGAUGAAUCAAGUCGUCUAAAACAAUUUGCAUGGGAACAAUGGGAUAAUCAAGUUAUUGCUGUUAUUUUUCGACCUGGUCAUAAUGGUCUUGAUCGUUAUGUACUUAAACGUUAUGUUGAACAAGUUUUAUUUCAAUCAGAUCGAUGGAAAUAUUUAUCAUUGUAUUUUUCAAGUAUUUCACCACCAUUAAUUCGUGCAUAUUCUUUAACAUCAAAUGAAAUUGAACUCAUACGACAAAUUCUUGAUUAUCAUCUUAAUGAUAAAUUUCGUUUACGUAUAACACAAUUAAAUGAUCAAUUAAUUAACUAUGAAGAUUUGCUUGAUUUUAUAUCUCGUCUUCAAGAAUUAUAUGAUAAAAAUUCAAAUUUAUAUAAUCAUAUUCAACAAAAUAAUGGAAAAAUACCAUUAAUACCAACUAUUCAUUCAUUAUAUAUUUUACCAUCAUCAACAGUUAAAUCAAUUAGUUCUUCUGUAAUAGUACAAUCAAAAAUAAAUCCGGUAAAAUCUUCUUCAAUUAACAUUCCAUCAAUAUCACAAUCGAACAAAAUUCAAGAAUCUACAACAAUAACAAAUAAUCAUCAGAUAUCAUCAUCUACAAUAAAAAUUCAAUCGAAUAUUUCUAUUUCAUCUGAACAUUGUCCAAUAUCAUUAAAUAAUGCUAAAAUUGAUGGUAAUGGUUGGAUACAAAUUAAUAAUGUUUAUAUACCAUUUAUAAUAAAAAAUCAUCAACGUUUUGUACCAUAUCAAGUACUUGUAUCAUGUAAAAUUCUUGAAAUUGAUGAAUUAGGAACAACAUUAAUACAUGCUACAACAACAGAUAUAUCAUUAAUUAAUUCUAUGAUACAUGAUUGUAAAAUAUAUAAUGAACAAAUACCUGAAAAUGCAUUAUUAAUUAAUGUUUAUUAUAUUCUUAUUGGUACAAAAAAUUUAAUUUAUAUUAAAAUAUUACCAAAAGAUAAUCCAACAUUAAAAAUAAAUCGUCAAUAUAAAAAUGUUUUAUCUUUACAUGGUGGUGCAUUAUAUAUUAAAAAUUAUUUAAUACCAUUUGUUUGUUCAAGUCAUCAUUCUUAUAUACCAUUAAAUACUAUAUUAAAUAUUUAUCCAAAUUUACAAAUAAAAUUAAAAAAUUUUGCCCGUGUACCACAUAUAAAUCAAUUAGAUUAUUUACAAUUAGUACAAAUGUAUUAUAAUGAAGAUAAAUUAUUAUCAUUAGAUACAUUACUUAUUGAUAUGAAAGAUUUAUAUCAAACAGAUAUAGUUCUAUCAAAAACUAUGACAUUAAUUGAAUAUCAUGCAAAAGAAAAAAUUAAAUUUGAACAAAAAUUAACUUUAAUUAAUAAUUUAUCAACUAAUAAAAGAAAAAAUCAAGAAUCAUUUGAAAAUAAACAAAAAUUAAAAAAAUCAAAUCAACCUACAUCUACAUUAGUUCGUCCAUUAAAUGGAUAUGUUUCCAUACAAUCAAUAACAUCGCCUUCAAAUCAACAAAAUCAUUGGAUUUCAUCAAAUAAUCAACAUACGGAAAGAACUCAUUGGCAAUAG